GUUCACUUCUGGACGCACCUGGAAUAUCUCGAGAGCAAAAAUGAGAGUCCUGGUCUACGCAACGGCGAUAGCUCUGCUGGUUACAUCGGCACGGGCCGGCGAGGAGGAGAAGGCGGCUGAGAAAGCGGAGGCCGAGGUGGAGGACAACAAAUCGACGAAGAAACAAGAGAAACGCGGCCUGUUGGGGCUUGGCUACGGGUACAGUUACGACGGUGGCUACGACAUCGGGAUCGCAGGGCACGGCGGCGGCCUGGAAUUGGGCGACGCGUACGGCGGUGGUUACAUCGACGGCCACGGUGUACACGAGCACGUCAAGGCCGUGACAGUGGUGAAGAACGUUGCCGUCCCGUACCCGGUCGAGAAGCCUGUCCCCUAUCCCGUGGAGAAACACGUGCCCUACCCCGUCAAGGUUCCGGUACCCCAGCCAUACCCGGUCGAGAAGCCAUAUCCGGUCAAGGUUCUCGUCAAGGUUCCGGUCCACGUGCCCCAACCGUACCCCGUGGAGAAAAAGGUCCCGUACCCGGUCCACGUGCCCGUAGACCGCCCCUACCCCGUCAAAGUCUUGGUACCGCAACCCUACCCGGUGGAGAAGCACGCCUACCCCGUCAAGGUACCGGUCCCCCAACCGUACCCGGUCGAGAAGCCAGUCCGUCCGGUCAAAGUCCCGGUCCACGUGCCAGCCCCGUAUCCCGUGGAAAAAUUGGUCCCAGUCAAGGUGCCCGUCGACCGCCCGAUCCACAUACCGGUGCCCAAACCGUACCCGGUGCACAUCGAGAAGCCGGUCCCCUACCCGGUCGAGAAACCGGUGCCGGUCGCGGUCAAAGUGCCGGUCGACAGACCGUACCCGGUUCCGGUCGAGAAGCCUGUCGCCGUGCCGGUGAAGGUGCCGAUCCCGCAGCCGUAUCCGGUCGAGAAGCCGGUCCCUUACCCGGUCGAGAAGCCCGUUCCUUACGAGGUUAAGAUUCCAGUGGACAGACCGUACCCGGUCCAUAUCGAGAAACCGGUCCCCUACCCGGUCGAGAAGCCUGUUCCGGUCCCGGUCAAAGUGCCGGUCGCGGUUCCGGUGCACCACGGUUACCACAGCGACUGGGUGGGUCACGGUGGUUAUCAUUAAAUCGGGAUCGUAAGGUUGGAAUCACGUGAAUCGGGCGGCAUCGGGCAAAUGGACGGAGCAGUUUCAGG